CGACGUAUUUUCCUAAAAAGUUGACAUUCUCGAAAAUUAACAAUUUUGUUGUUAGUAUGUCAGGCCAUGGAAUACAGAAACGUUGUUUAUAACGCAGCUAGAGACGGCAAACUAAGUCGUCUUAAGAUAUUCCUUGAUCAUAAGUCGAAAGAUGUUGUAAAACAACUUGUUCAAGCCAAAACAAAUGGGGCCACCCCACUGAUAAUGGCUGCCAGAAAUGGCCAUUUUGAUGUUGCUAAGUAUUUGAUUGACCAUUGUGGUGCAGAUCAAGAACAGCCGGGUUCUGUAACAUUUGAUGGUGAGACUAUUGAAGGGGCGCCGCCAUUAUGGUGUGCUGCGGCGGCUGGUUAUCUGAACAUUGUUCAGUUCCUGGUGAAAAAGACGGCUUCAGUAAAUAAGACAACGCUUACAAAUUCAACACCUCUGAGAGCUGCAUCAUUUGAUGGUCAUCUAGAUAUUGUGAAGUUCCUUGUGCAGCAUGGAGCAAAUAUUGAAAUCGCUAAUAGGCACGGCCACACUUGCCUCAUGAUUGCUUGUUACAAAGGUCACUAUGACAUCGCGAAAUAUCUUCUUGAAAAGGGGGCUGAUGUGAACAGAAAGAGUGUAAAAGGAAACACUGCUCUUCAUGACUGUGCAGAGUCUGGCAGCCUGGCAAUUAUGAAGCUUUUACUUGGAUAUAAUGCAAGCAUUGAGAAGGAUGCUUAUGGCAUAACACCUCUUCUCGCAGCUGCUGUUGCUGGAUUUGGUGAAAUUGUUGAAUAUCUGAUAGGCAGGAAAGAAUGCAGUAAAGAACAUAGAAUAGAUGCUCUAGAGCUACUUGGAUCUACUUAUGUGGAUAAGAAAAGAGAUAUGCUGGGUGCUCUAACCUUCUGGCGCCGUUCUAUGAGAGAAAGGUAUUCUGACAGACAAAACUUGAUUUUAAAACCUACCAGAGCUACAAGCAGUGAAGCUUAUGAAAAUGCAGAAGAAGUUACCUGUAUUAACCAACUUGAAGAGCUAGUAGCAGAUCCAGAUGCUAUGCGCAUGCAGGCUCUUCUUGUUCGAGAAAGGAUACUCGGCCCAGCCCACCCAGACACUUCCUAUUAUAUUCGAUACAGAGGAGCACUCUAUGCAGACAUGGGCAACUUUGACCGAUGCAUUCAGCUGUGGACAUAUGCCCUUGAUCUACAGCAAACUGUGUUAGAACCAUUAAGUCCAAUGACCCAGAGUAGUUUCUUGUCUUUUGCCGAAUUGUUUUCAUUUAUGACUACUGAAGGAAGGAAUAGACCUCCUCAACCUGUGUCAUUCAAAGAUAUUAUGGAUGUCUUUUUACGAGCAAUUGAUGAGCUCGAGAAAGGUAGAAAACAUUUGGCACAGCUUGAGUCAACAGACAAAUGCACAACACAUGUGAACAGACUUCUUGUGAUAAUCAUGCACAUUAUGUGUCUGAUCUGCCGAUUAAAAACCACCCUUAGUAAGGAUGAAGAGAAACUGUUUAAGAGAAAUGCAUAUAGAUUGAUCAACCUUAGACCUAUAGGAGCAAAAGGAUACUCACCGCUACAUUUAGCAUGCAGUCGAGAUACAACCAGCGUCGGCCAAUACCCAGUAUGUCAGUUCCCUUCAUUACCAGUUGUUACUCUGCUUCUUGAUGUUGGGGCUAACACAAAUGCAUUUGACUUGGACAAAAACACUCCGCUCCACAUAGCUGCCAGCAACAAGCCUUUUAAACCAGAGGUGUUUACAAUACUUUUGAAACACGGUGCACAUCUUGAUACAUGCAACGCGGAAAGGAAAAUUGCAUCACAACUUAUCCGAGGAAUGCCGGUACACAGUAUUGUGUCACCGCUACAGUUUACUUCUCUGCAGUGUCUUGCUGCAAGAAAAAUUGUGAAGUGUGCCAUCCCCUACAAAGGUUCUAUUCCCAGGAGGCUUGAAAAUUUCGUUGAAAUGCACUGACGGAACUGAUUGAUUUUACGAAUCCUUAAUCCAUUAAAUCAUUGUUUCAAUUUUCAACGCUUGAGUUAAGAAUUUUGCAAUGAAUUAUUAUAUAGAGUCGUCUACUGGUAGGUCUAUCAUCGUAUCUUGGUCAAUUUGCAAGUUAGUUGUCCUUUAUACAGGUGAUGCCCUUAUUUCAAUAACUGCUUCAAGUAGCACUGUUGGACACUUAGUUUUUGUUGGCACAUAUGUAUAAAUCAGUGAUCAUCUUGCUUCUAAAACCCCAAUGCCAUUGUUUAUUAUAUUGAGUAAGUGAACCGCUGCGCUAUAUGUACAUGUAAUACUGGUAUUAUUUUGGUUACUUUUGAGUUAAAAAUUGUUACCAAUAUCUAGAGAAUAUUCAUAAAACAUCAGAAAUAAUUGUCUAACUGAAGUCAUAUACCGAAUUUAAGUAUUUCAUUGGACAUAUGAUAUUAUUACUUAAUGACUUCUGAAAUACUUUAUUUGCAAGAGUUAUGACUUUAUUUAACAUAAAUGAAUUCACUUUUAUGGUAUUUUUUCAUACACUUGAAUUUAUUUUUGAUUUAAUGAAAGAUCGGAAAUGUCUGAAAGCUUUUUAUGUAUACCAGCACCAUCAUGUGUAUAUUAGCUAAAACUUUGAAUGUCCUCUGUCAUAAAUUGUAUCUCUUGGAACCAUUUGUCGACUAAUUUAUUAAAGCAUUGUCCAUGUAAAUCUUUAAGGCAAUUAUCAUCUGUAACUUUGUGAUUUUAUUUUAUUUUCAAAUUUCUUUAUUGAUAUUCAUGCAUUUGUGUAUCAUGUACUAUUUUUAUGACAUUUACUUUGGUUUAUAACAAUGUGAGGUUCAUUUAAGGAAUGAAUUGCGGGCUUGAUGUCAUUAUUGGGGUAUGAACGCAAUUGGGCUGGUCAAAGUGUGUGGAGUCCGAAGAAGGACUCCACGCAUACUUUGACCAGCCCAAUUGCGUUCAUAUCCCCAAAAAUGACAUCAACCCCCAAUUCAUUACUUAUAUUUACACCAAUAGUUCAUUAUUUCAUUCAAUAAUUGUUAAAAAAAUACUUCAUUUCAUUUAAGAAAACCUUUCAGUCACUCUUUCCUACCCAUUCUGUAAAAAGAAUGACCCGACUGUAACAGGAAGCUUUUUUUUCAAAUGACGUCACAAUCGUGGGAAAAGAUCAGCCACUUGAAAUCACUCUUAAACGUAAAAUUCAAACACUUAUGGCAACAAUUCAUUUAAAAUUUAAAAAAUAAUACUUUCUAAAAUGUUGAUUUACAUUUUACAGGACCUGCUGACACAAAACAAACAAUAACAAUAUCAAUAUUUUUCAUGUAUAUUGUUAUGCAAUGAAUUGCCAUCCGAACAUAUCCAGAGAUGUUGCGUUCAUCGAUUGAUAAACACAAUUGCCGAAAGGCAGUUCAUUAAAGGAAUGGAAGUUGAGGUGUAAAUAUAACAGAAUGAUAUUGUUUAUGUACAUUUGUGUAUUAUGAUUUUGGAAUUUCCAUUUACUGGUAGAAUCUAUUCAUUUUUUAUGAACCUUAUUUUAUUCCACAACCAAAAAUGGAUUAAUGUCUACAGUUUUUUAAGUUAGAGAAUCUUUUAAAUGUGAAAACUAGCUUGAGUCUUCAGCUGUGAUUUAUAAAUAUGUGUAAUAGGAUGCCUAGUUCAAUGUCAUAAACAUGAUCAUCAUUUCAGUUGAUUGAUGUGGGUUUUUUUUAUCCUGUUUAGAAUGUGCCUCUCCUUACAAGUUAUGAAUUUAAAUCAAUGAGAGCCAGCCUUUUAAAUUGUUUGUUUAAUUUUCACCAAGCAUUUAAAGGUUUUCAGUGUUCUCAUUAACAGUUCUAAAGGACAAAUUUGAAGUAGUUGCGUGGAAUUCCACUUAGGGAAAUCAUUUUAGGGGAAGUCAAGGCCUUCUUUUCACCAAAAUUUGUACAAUCAUGAAUUUCAGUUAAAUAUCAAAUGCAUGACACAAAUUUAAUUCAGUGUAUUUUUGCAAAAUCAAACUACGCCUACGGUAACUGCAAAUUGAGCAAUAACAUCUGACAUUGAUAUUAUAUAAUUAUGAUUAGUUAUCAGAAAUAUUGAUUCAAAAAUGUGAUCGUACAAUACAUGAGUUCUAAUUGAUAGCACUGACUGUAUGUGCUUUUAAGUGAUUAAGGAUCCACUACAGUUUUAGAUUUCCAAAAUGUAUGAGAUUAAUACAUUUAAAGCACACCAACUGUUCAUUUGUGUUUCAGUGUCUAUGUCAGAGGAUUUUUUGUUGAAUUUGAAAUUCUAUUGUAAUGUAUGCUCAGUAAAUUUAACGUUGAUGAAAAGUAAUGUUGUAUUGUUUGAAUGCCUUUGUCAAUACCAUCCAUGAAUAGACACCAAUGUUUAAACACUCAGAUCACAAUGUAAAGAAUUUUGACAUUAUGCAAAUAGAAAGAUAUGGCAUAUUAUAUAAAAUGAACUUUUUUGGGGGGGCUAAGUUACAUUCUAUUGUCAUGAACUAAUGGUAGUAACUGGGGCAUUAUUUUGUGGAAAAGAACAAAUGUACUUCUCUUAGCUUGGCUUGUUUGUCAUUCUGGAAGUUAUUUUUAGCAGGUUACAGUGUUGAGACAUGAGGCAUAGUAGUGAUAUGAAUUUUUCACACUGUGAAAGAUGUUGGUGAGUCUGAUGGUAACUUAUUAAGGAGUCAUUCUAUCAGAAAUGUUUCCCCCAAGCUUUCAGUAUAGUAGGUGUUCCUUAUGGUAAGAUGCUCCAAUAAACAUACCACUGACAAGACCAUGUUAGGGUUGAAAAUCUAAGUCGUUUUUUAGAUAGACAAAGGAGAAGAAAAUCCAAGUAUUGCCAUAACCUUGGUAGUGUUGGCUUGCAAAACCUGUACCUUUGGCCGUUACUCAACAACCGUUCAUAAUUUUCAGAUGAAACUUGGUACACAUGUUGACAGUUACGAUACUCAUGUAUGGCAAGGCCCAUAGCGUUAAUCAAUAUUGAAUGAUGUCCCUUUUUUACUGAAAAAGACAAGACUUAGUGUUUGUGCAUGGUUCAAAAUCUCAUUUCUUUUUAGAAUACUGGCAAGGAUCUGCCAGAUUGGAACUUUGAUCAUUAGAGAUUUCCCAUAGUCUUCAUGUCAUCCAAUGAUGCUAGUCCCGUGUACAGAUCAUACAUGAUAUAUUUACUAUGAUUUCGUGCUUUCAAUGUAUGGCUUUCUGUAUUCUGAUUAUUAAAGAGGAUAGGAGGCUUGAUAUGAGUAUGAAUCUUAAUUGUAUCUGAAUUUAACAUGAAUAUCCUGGGGUAUUAAAAAUAAGAUCAUUUGAACAAAGCUUUGUAAAGUUUAACGAAUAAUUUUGUCCAGUAGGUAUAAGAGGAUGCAUACAGUAUUAACGGUCUCACUAACUGUUAAGUGAAUGAUGAAAUUUGGUAUGAAUUUUUUUUUUGUAAAGAUUAUAUUCAAAUAUAUGCUCUUCAUUGAAUACUUCAGUAGAUCUUUCAUACUUCCGCAUAUAAGUUUCAACAUGUUAUUUAUUUGAAAGAAAUAUGGAAAUUUGAAUUGAAUAGAUUUAGAGAUUACUUGUUGAUUUGUUAUGAUUGAAGAGAUCUUUUUAUUUUCUUAGCCAUGUUUCUUUGUUGCUUUAAUCUUUGUUGUUUGCAAAAUGUUAUUAUAUACAGCAUAUGGAAUCAUGUGUUAUAAUUAAAAAAGGUAUUAUACAAUAG